AUGCUAGACAAUAUCAAAGCAGUUAUCUUUGAUCUUGAUGGAACACUUGUUGAUUCCAUGUGGAUGUGGGGAAGAGUUGAUAUAGAAUUCCUUGGCGCUCGUGGAAUUGAAGUUCCAGCAGAUUUAGGUCAAGCUAUCAGUGGAAAGAGCUACACAGAAACCGCAAUAUAUUUCAAAGAUCGUUUCAAACUCGAUAUGACACUCGACGAAAUCAAAGCUGAAUGGAGUAGGAUGGUCGAAGAUAAAUAUUCUCACGAAGUCUUUCUUAAGGAUGGUGCAUAUGAUUUCCUCCAAUACCUUCGUAAAAAUGGUAUCAAAACAGGCAUUGCUACAAGCAACGGCAUGGAUUUGGUCGAAAGAUGCAUUCAGGCAAACAAAAUUGGCGAAUUCUUUGAUUGCAUCAAGAUUGCUUGCCAAGUUAAGCGCGGAAAACCAUUCCCAGAUAUCUAUCUUGCUGUUGCAAGUGAUCUUGGCGUAAAACCAGAGGAAUGCUUAGUCUUUGAAGAUAUUCCAAACGGCAUCUUAGCUGGAAAGAAUGCUGGCAUGAGAGUUUGUGCUAUUUAUGAUGAAGAUGCAAAGAAAUCCACAGACCAAAUCAAAGAAUUGGCAGAUUACUACAUCACAUCAUUCAAGCAAGUCUUAGACAAUACCUACGAAGUUCUCAAACAUUAA